AUGAAGAUCGGGAAGGCUUCUGAGCUCGUGAAGAAGGCAGCAGCGAUGUGCAAGAGCAAGACCGGCGUGCUCGCCGCCAGGCUCCUCAUCCCCGCCUCGCUCCAGCGCCGCAGGAUGGCCACGGCACCAGUGGUCUCUCACAAGAUCGACGCGCUCAUUAUGGCCGACUGGGAGAGAGUUGACUGCCACAAGGAUCUCACUCUCCGCACGGUCGAGAAGAGACUGGUCGUCGUCCACGAGGAUGAUUUGGCGGCCAAUUUCUCUCAUCACUUGGCGGUGUUCAACCAAGAGAAUGGUCAUGGUGGCUGCCAUACUGACAGGACACUACAUCCCCUCUUCAACGACGACCACAAGAACUGUCGUUACGCUUACAAUGGUGAUGUGCCACUUUAUUCAUGUGAUCAAGACGAUGAUGAUGAGCCUUCAGUCAUGGAUGUGAUCAGGAAUAACCGAGAAGUUGAGGGGCUGGAGUUCAAUAUGGAGGAGGAGAUUGAUCAGGCCGCCGAUAUGUUCAUUAGGAGGUUCCGGCAGCGGUUGAACGAGGGAUUUUAG